GGGGGUUGACAACACGGCGGGGUCCUGCGUUUAGCGCCACUUUCAGAUCCUCUCCCUCUCGGCGGCGGGUCGCAAGAAGCCGAUAAUCUGAGAAAUAUAUUUAAUCUCUGGACUUCCAGGCGGUGUCAGCGGCUGGAAAACAUCCGUCAAAGAGUAAAUUAAUAACCGAGACGCGGAUUAAAGCCUGACUGUUUUCAUACUGAAGCUGCUUUGUGCGGUCCAGUUCAACAGGCCACCUGAAGGCAGCACGUGUUGGCAAAAUGGAAAGUGAGGACGACCUGGACAUCCUGACGGCGCUGCUGGCCGAGAGCGAGGGGCCCGGGGAGCAGCGGGACGAGCUGGACGAGCUGGACGAGCUGGACGGCCUGUUCGACGAUGACGACGGCGAGGAGGAGGAGUACAGAGACGGAGAGGAGGAAGAGGAGGAGGAGGAAGGUGGAGGUGGAGGAAGAGGUGUGGCGAGGAAAGACUCUGCUGAGGUGUCUGAGCUGUUUGGAGACGUGAGCGACAUGGAGGCUGAGGACAGACACACAGGAGGAGACACGCUCAACAAGUCCCACGAGGAUUUACAGGCGGAGCUGCGGCAGAUGCAGGAGAAGAUGCAGCGGCUGCAGCAGCAGCUGGAGGCGUCGCAGAGAGCAGGAGGCAGCGCAGGAAGCCCCGCCCCUCGGAAAAAGGCUCCACCCACACAGGCCACGCCCACACAGGCCACGCCCAGAGCGAGCGGCUCCAAAACGAACACGCCCACAGCGAGGAGCAGGACGGCAGCGGUGAAGUCUUCGUCCUCGUCCUCGUCCUCGUCCUCGUCCAGCCCGGACGGCCUGAAGCUGCAGGAGUCCUCAGAGUUUUCCUCCCAGCUGAUCAGCGGCGACUCGUUCCGGCGUAAAGCCCAAGUGGCUCACCAGGGAGCCGCCGCGCCGCCGGAAGGCAGAGGCCCUCUCGUGGAGAUAAAGAUUGGCAGCUCCUUCCAGCCAAUAGAAAGCGGCGGCGUCAAGGCGGGGAAUCCUCUCCGCUCGCCGCCGGCCUCCCAGAGCCGAGCCGCCGCGCCUCCUCCUCCUCCUCCUCCUCUUCCUCAGGACGUGGCUGUGGAGAGAUACUCAGGACUGAGACUCAGGAGGCCGCGGGUCUCCUCCUCUGAGAUGGAGCGGAAGAUGGCCGGCCGGCGUCUGAUCCGCCUCUCGCAGCUUCCGGAGCGUCUGGCCCGGGAGAAACUGGACGACAGCGACUGGGUGACGUUCGCCGUGCUGGUCAGCAAGGCCACGCCGCAGAGCAACAGCAGCGGAAAGACCUUCAGCAUCUGGAAGCUGAGCGACCUGCACGACCUGGACGUGUUCGUGUCCCUGCUGCUGUUCGGAGACGUCCACAAGGAGCACUGGAAGACGGACCCGGGCACCGUCCUGGGCAUCCUCAACCCCAACCCCAUGAAGCCGAGGGACGGCUACGACGGGGUCAGCCUGUCGGUGGAUCACCCUCAGAAGGUGCUGCUGAUGGGAGAGGCUCAGGACUUCGGCACCUGCAAGGCGGCCAAGAAGAACGGAGAGCCCUGCUCGCAGAUCGUCAACAUGUACGCCUGUCAGUUCUGUCAGUACCACGUCAAGGCUCAGUACAAGAAGAUGAGCUCCAAGCGGGCCGAGCUGCAGUCGUCGUUCUCGGGGAAGGCCCCGGGGAAGCCGAGGGGGCGGGGCUUAGCCGGCGGCGGCGGCGGGGGCGGGCUCAAGCAGCGCCUCUGCCAGGACGGGUUCCACUACGGCGGCGUGUCCUCGGCCGCCUGCGCCGCCUCGCUCUCGGCCUCCAAACCCAACAAACCCACCCAGCGCUCUCUGGAUCAGCUGUUUGUGAAAGGCUCGUCUCAGCUCGCCGACCAGGCCAAGAGGCUCGCGCUGCAGGCCGGACAGGUUUCCGGCUGCUCCGACGACUUCAGGAGUCUGAUGUCACAGCCGACGCCCGGAGCGCUGCAGCUCAGGAAACACCUGACACACAGCAAACACACAGGCUCCCCGGGGCCGGCCGGUGCGGCGGUGCGCUCCAUCUCGGCCUCAGAGCUGCUGAAGCAGCAGAAACAGCAGCAGCAGGAGCUCCUGCAGAGCCGGCGGCGGCGGGCCGAGGAAAUCCAGAAGAGGGCGCCGCAGAGCUCGGGCACGGCGGGGCUCCCGGGCCGGGGGGGCCUCCUGUCCCCUAAAGCCCCCUGUGAGGCUCCCGAGGCCGCACGGAGCCCCGCGGGCCCCCAGACCCCCACGCUGGGCCGGGGCUUCUCCGAGGGCGAGGACAUCCUGUUCUUCGACCACAGCCCGCCGCCGCCCGGCGCCUCCGGCCUGUCAGCCGCCAAGAUGGCCGCCCUCAGGACGCUGCGGGUCAGAGGGGCGCAGCUGGAGAGGGAGGAUCCAAACGCCGUGAAGAGGAAGAGGAGCAGCAGCAGCGAGAUCAGCGCCCGCGUGGAGAAGAGCCGCAGCUCACCUGAAGCAGGAGGCGAGGGGGAGGAGCCGGCGCUGAAGAGGCGGAGAGAUCAGCUCAGCUACGUCCAAUCAGACGAGUUCCAGAAGAUUCUCAACGCCAAGUCUCGUCACGGAGCCGAACUGCAGGCGGCGGAGUUCCAGCUGCAGGAGCGGUACUUUGACGCUCUGGUGCAGAAGGAGCAGAUGGAGGAGAAGAUGAGGGGCAUCAGGGAGAUGAAGUGUCGGGCCGUGUCCUGCAGGAAGUGCGGCUACACCUACUUCAAGCCGGCGGAUCGCUGCGUGGCCGAGAGCCACGAGCUGCGCUGGCACGACGCCGUCAAACGCUUCUUCAGGUGCCCCUGCGGCCAGAGAGCCAUCGCCCUGGACCGCCUGCCGCACAAACACUGCAGCAACUGUGGUCUGUUCAAAUGGCAGCGGGACGGGAUGCUGAAGGAGAAGGCGGGGCCGAAGCUGGGCGGCGAGCUGCUGCUGCCUCGCGGCGACGAGCAGCCCAAGUUCCUCAACAGCAUGAAGUGAAGCCUCCCGUCUUCAUCCUCAUCAUCCUCAUCAUCAUCCUCAUCCUCCUCCUCCUCCUCCUCCUCCUCCACGCCUGCAACACCGCCUCCUGCUGGAGGAGCCACUUUUACAAGUUUUGUUUAAUCCUGUACAGCUCUGUGUUACUGUGGUCUGAAUCCUGUUUUUAAUUUUGAGUAGUUUUUUUUUAAUUGAUUUUAGUGGAAGCUGUUUGUCAGAUUCCCUUCUGUCUGCUGGAAAUGAGCUGAUGAAAUGAACAACGAGCCACAUGUCAUCUGAAUUAAACGUCUGUGUUGCUGCCGGUUAAUAAAACACAACAGGGAUUUCAA